UCCCAACUCAGCUUCCAGCAUGUGCCCAUGACAAGAGCUGCCGGUCACAUUCGUCAACAUUAGGCUCCAGACUGGGCUGGUGACUGGAAGUGCCUGGAAAGGAAUAUAUUGGAAGAAGAUUCUCACAGCCCUCUAUCUGAAAGACCACUGAGACUCUAUAUUCUUUAUAGCUUCACAUCUUCACUGGGCUUUAUUUUUAUAUGACAGAGUUUCCUGACCCAUAAUGCACUGUUUAAAGAAUUUGGGGACAUCCAGUGUGGGAAAGCUGCUGGUGAGGCAGGCUGGGGAAUGGGUGAAAGCUCGAGGUACGAGGGGACGCUCAGUCAGGCUGCUGUGGACAGGGGCAGCAUCACCUGUACAUCAUCCGUGCACUCAACAUGCCAUCCAGGACACUGAGACUGAGGUGGAGAGCAAAGCUGGACUGGAAGAUCUGCUCUUUUAUACAAUUACCCAAGGAGAGGAGAAGAUUUCAGUGGCUCGCUUCAUCAAUGCACUGAAAAGCACAGGAUUGUUGACCUCUGACCCUCGACUCAAGGACUGCAUGCACCAGCUUCACCAGGCUGUGUAUGAGUCAGCUGAUUCAGCGAUGAUGGAUCAGGAGCUCUUCAGAAAAUGUGUGGGCAGUAAUAUAAUGCUGCUAACUCAAGCCUUCCAGAAAAGAUUUAUCAUCCCAGACUUUUCAACGUUUGCAUCCAAUAUUAACCAGCUGUACUACAAUGCACAAGCCCUGCAGGGAGGCCAGGUUGCAGACUACAUUCCACAGCUGGCUAAAUUCAACCCUGAUCUGUGGGGUGUAUCGCUGUGCACAGUUGAUGGACAGAGGCACUCUGUGGGAGAUACUCAUGUGCCGUUCUGUCUGCAGUCCUGUGUGAAGCCUCUGGUAUACUCUCUGGCUAUUAGCGAUUUAGGAACUGAGCAUGUGCAUAAAUACGUGGGAAAAGAGCCCAGUGGCAACAAAUUCAACAAACUAAGUCUGAGUGAGAACGAUAAGCCCCAUAACCCCAUGGUGAAUGCGGGAGCCAUCGUCGUCAGCUCUCUUAUAAAGCCUGGAUGCAGGAAAGCUGAGAAAUUUGAUUUUAUGAUGGACUAUCUGAAGAGAAUGGCAGGAGGAGAGUAUGUGGGUUUCAGCAACGCCACAUUUCAGUCAGAAAAAGAGACGGGUAACAGGAACUUUGCCAUUGGUUAUUAUCUAAAGGAGAAGAGGUGUUUUCCCAGUGGAACAGACAUGAUCGCAGCUCUUGACUUCUACUUUCAGCUGUGCUCCAUCGAGAUAACGUGCGAGUCUGGGAGUGUCAUGGCUGCCACUCUGGCUAACGGUGGGAUCUGUCCGAUCACAGGCGAGCGAGUGCUGAGUGCGGAGGCAGUGAGAAACACCCUCAGUCUUAUGCACUCCUGCGGCAUGUACGACUUCUCCGGCCAGUUCGCCUUCCAUGUGGGCUUGCCGGCUAAGUCAGGAGUGUCAGGUGCUGUACUCUUGGUGGUUCCUAAUAUCAUGGGAGUGAUGUGCUGGUCUCCUCCUCUCGACCGUGUGGGCAACAGUGUGCGAGGCAUCCAUUUCUGCCAGGAGCUGGUUUCUCUCUUUAAUUUCCAUAAUUAUGACAACCUGAGACACUUCGCCAAGAAGCUGGACCCUCGCAGACAAGCUGGCCAUCAGAGGAAUAAGGCUGUUAUCGAGCUGAUGUUUGCUGCAUACAGUGGAGAUGUUUCAGCACUCAGGAGGUUUGCUUUGUCAGCAAUGGAUAUGGAGUUGAGGGAUUAUGACUCUCGGUCUGCACUGCACGUGGCUUCUGCAGAAGGCCAUUUGGAAGCAGUAAAGUUUUUAACCAGGACGUGCAGAGUGAACCCACGUGUUCAGGACAGGUGGGGAAACACUCCUCUGGAUGAUGCUCUGCUGUCGGGUCAUCAAAAUGUGGCAGAAGUUCUGGAGGAGUACCAGCGCAUUUACUCUCACACACUCGCUCCUCAGGAGAUCAGCGCACAAACACACAGCCAGCCUACACUGAAUGCUAUGGAUCUGAGGAACAUGGAGAUUCUGGAGGGGUUUGUGUGAUAGAUGGCACUACUGAGAGGCGUGUGGUAUAUUACCACAUUAUGGAACUAUGGCCUGUGGUUGGCUGCUAUUAUUUCUGUAUAGAGUUGGGAAGUUCAGUUCAAAUUUGUUUUGAACUGUCGGGUCUCAAUUAAUCAAACGUAGCACUUUAUUAUUAGAGAUACAUUAUUAGAGAUUAGACUGCAAAGCAUAAGUAACAGAUCAAGUAUAAGAUUACGACCAUCUCCUUGUUUUUACACCCUUUAUCCAUUUUUACAGUGAUACUAGCAUGAUGGUGGUGUAUGAAGUGGGUAUUGUGCUUUAAUGAGUGGAUCAGACUCCACACCUUGGCUGGCUCAUCUGUUGCUGCCCUCUUUGUGUUGGUCAUCCUGUAGUCCAUUAUCAGUGGUCACAUGACUAUUAUAAGUUCAGCAGUGACACUGAGGUGUUUAACAACUCCAGCAGCACUGCUGUCAAUAAUAAUAGCUGCUCUAUUGUGGUGGUUUUCUCUCCUGCGGGGGCCUGAGUAUUGAAGAACAGAGUGAAGGGAGGAUAAUAAAGUAUGUAGAGAAACAGAUACAGGACUACAGUGUGUAAUCAUACAACUAUAUGAUCAGUGAAGCUGAAAAUAGAUAGUGAAUGUGGAAAUAAGGAGGUGGUCAUAAUGUUGUGUUUGAUUGGUAUAUAGUUAAAUAUCAUGUUCAUACUAGUAUGAAAUGUAUCAGGGUACUUUUGGUGUCAAUAGACAUCUUCAGUCAAAAACAAACGUAAAAUGUGCAUAGAAUCAUUCUAGCCUGGUUAACUACACUAGGCUUGAUCAGUUUGAUCUAGAAGACUGCAUACGGGUCAUAAUAUUUUUUAAGAUCAGGAAGGAAGGACUUCUACAUUCUCAGUCUAGUCCAGGGGUGGAUAUUUCCGGGCCUGGAGGGCAGAUUCCUGCUCAGUUUUGUGCUUUUCCUUUUAGAGAACAUCUGAUUUAACUCACCUGUUAAAGCAGGGAUAUCAGCACAAUCUGCUGGACUCCAGCACCUCUUUGUCCACCACUGCUCUAGCCUGUCUGUUAAUCCUCUCCAGCUACAGCUCUCAGCACCAUGCAAUAUAACGGGUUGUAAAAUGCUAACAAAAAUGGCGCAGGUAUGAUGGGAAAUUGGGAACAUAGGAGAAAAAAGGUGGGGGUGGACUGCAGUAAAAACUGAAUUGAAAGAUUCCACAUGAAUGUAACUAUUAAUCUUAUUUAACCAAAGACUCUAUAAAUACUGUAUAAAUACAGUAUAAUGGUACCCCUUUAACAUAAAUCUAGCUUCAUAAAGGGUUUAUGAAUGGUUUAUUAAUGGUUAUUAAUUAGGUUGCAAAUGCUUAAAAAAAUUAAGAAGCAGUUAAUAAAUAUAUAACAACACAUAAAUAGAAAUGUCAACAGUGAGCUAUAAAUUAGCAAAUUUAAUUCCACACUCAUUUAAACUGUCAAGCCUCAGAUCUUCCUAAAUACUGAUCUUACUUUGUGUGUUCUAUUAACCUGUCAUAUUUAUAUAUUUGUAAGGAUGUUUAACUAUUUACUAUAAACUAAAUGACUAAGUUGAAUUAAAUGAAUAAGCAGACAUCGGAUCACUGUUGCAAUUUCAAUUGAUGGGUUGUAACUGUUUAUUAAUGGUUUUUAAACCUAACGGCAUUUACAACCUAAUCAAUAAUAAUUAAUAAACUCAUUUAUAAACCAUUUAAAAACCCUUUAUAAGGGUAGUCUUAUUUUAAAUUGGUACCAGUAUAACUAAUAUAAUGAAUCCAAUGUGGGUAGAACUGUUAAUGUAAAUAUUCAGGAAAACAUUUAAAAAAAUUAAAAAUUUAAAGAAAAUGACUAUAUAUGCAAUAUAGUGUCAGGGUUUAUCGUUUAUGUCAUCAUUUAGACUAAAUAAAUUUGAAACCUGAUGAUUUAACUUAUGUUUAAAAGAUAAAAGACACUCUGUACAGAUGCUGUAUUUUAUAUCACUACUCAAGUGUUGUAUAUUUGUAAAUAUCUAUCUGCAUAUAAUGCACUAAAUUUACAUAUGUAUAUUUAAAACAUUUGUAUUUAUGUUGUAAGUUUUUAUGAUGGUAAUGUCCUGUGAGUUCCUACUUAUUAUCCUUCCUAUUUAUUAUGGUCAGUAUAAGCAGUGCUUAAAAACAAGUGCUUAAAAAAAAUGUAGGGGUGCACAACAUUGGAAAACAAGUCAAUGAUCUGGCUUUCCAUGAUAUUAAUAAAGCCCUCUGUGUAUCAAAUAGUAAAGUAAGGUAAAUCAUAUUGGGCAAAUAUGCUUUUGUAUCAAGCAAGAUGUAGCAUAGUUUAAUCACACAUUCUGCAAUGUAACUACUGCAAACACGCACACUGCAAAGGCAAUGCUGAAAUGAUAUAUUGUGCAGCCCUGUGUGUAAGGCAAGCUGCUGCUGAAAUGCAAGUGUUUUAAAAGAAUUUAAGAGACAUUACGAUGUAUACUCUUUGUACACGGGUCUAUACAGCCACUGCCAUUAAAUUAAGACUAUAUUUUCUGGCCAACACAGGUUAACACAGAUGCAUUUUACCUGUAGAACCAAUAAUCCACAAGAAACAAGAAAAUGUAAGAUAGGUGUAAAAUUCAGUAUAUGCAAUUUAAAUAAAGCUGGUAAAUGUUAAA